UUUUAUGCCCCAUCCCUGGAACGCGAGUAAAAAAAGCAGAUUUCUCGUUUCCCUGAUAAAUUGUCAAUAACUUUGCCCGUCGCGGAUGCACGUUGUUGUUUUAUUUCGCCAAUAAUAUUGUUUGUUGUGCGCCGCGUACGCGAGUGUGUGAGUGUGUGUUCGAGUGGGUGUGCGUGCGUGUGUGUUUGUGCGGGGGGCCUUGGGUUGCCCCGAAUUGCAAAGAUUGCAAGAAAAGAAAAGAAGAAAACAGGCCAGGGAGAAAGGCCCAAAGGAAAAUUGUGCAAUAGUCGCGAAAAUCGAAGGACUCGCCGCAGGACGACGACAAUGUGAAGCUGCGGGGGGCGGCAACGGUAAUCGGAAUCAACUAAGCGAAUCAUGUGCCUGGCGGAGCAGCCGCUGAAGCCACCCAGUCGGAGCAGCACCUCACCCACAUUCAAUGCCAAGUACAGGCGAAAAUGCCUGCUCCUCCUCACGCUGCUCCUCUUCCACGGCUGCUUCAGCGGACUCCACCGAGCGGCGGCCUUCAACUGCACGGCGCACGGCGGUCGCUGCCAGAACGACGGGCAGUGCCAGGAGGACGGCCAGUGCCUCUGCGCCGACGGCUGGCAGGGACCCGAGUGCCAGUUCUGCGGCGGAAAAGUCCGCAUGUACCACCCGAUGGGCACGAUACACGAUGGAUGGGGAAACUAUUCGGUGAGUGUCAAGUGCAGCUGGCUAAUCGAUGCCAGGCAUCCGCACUGGAACCGCCGACACAACACCAAUCCGUCGAGAGCGGCCAACAUACGGAUCCACCUGCGGGAAUUCGCCACGGAGUGCGGCUGGGAUCACCUGUACAUAUACGAUGGGGAUAGCGUGGACUCGCCCCUUCUAGCGGUCUUUAGUGGCCUCAUGUACCGCGGCAACUUCUCCAUUCGUCGAGUGCCACAGGUGAUAGCCAGAUCCGGCACAGCUUUGGUGCACUUCUUCAGCGACGAUGCCUACAACAUGUCCGGCUUCAACCUCACCUACAAGAUGAACGGCUGUCCCUCGGAUAGCGAUGAGGAGGAGUGCUCGGGCCAUGGCAAGUGCCACGAUGGCGACUGCAUCUGUGAUCCCAUGUACAGGGGCGAAGCCUGCAACAUUGCCGCCUGUCCCAACAACUGCUGGGAGUCCAAGAACCAGGGACAUUGCCGACCCGACCAGGAACGCUGCUCCUGUUACGAGGGCUUCGCCGGCGAUGACUGCAGCCAGAUCAGCGCCCACGGCGCCUGGUCCACGGUCCAUCCGAAGCACUCGCCGGCGCCGGCGGGCAGCGCCUCCCAUGGCGCCACCAUCUGGCGCGACACCCUGCACAUCGUGGGCGGCGAAUCCUACGGCCGGGGGGAGCUAAUGAGCACCUAUGACUUCAAUCGCAACGUCUGGGCGACUGUGCAGCCGGAGGAUGGUGGCGAGGUGCCGGAUAAGCGUUACGGCGCCUCCACGGUGAUGUACGGCGACAAGAUCUUCAUGUAUGGCGGUGUGGUUAAUCACACCCACAAGGGCUUUAAAGGCCAAGGCAUCUCCAAUGAGCUGUGGGCCUUUGAUGUCUCCGCACGAACCUGGUCAAACAUCUCGGUGCGAGGGGAUUCGGCUUGCAACUCCACUGGAGGAGCCAUCGCCAUGUGCGGACCCCUGCAUGUGGCGGGUCACACGGCCACCUUGGUUCCGGGUUACGGGGACAAGCACAACUUCCAGUACAUGAUUGUGAUCUUUGGCCACUCGCCGCAGUACGGCUACCUCAACACGGUGCAGGAGUUUAACUUUGCGACGAGGGAGUGGCGUAUAGUGCCCACCACUGGCUACGUGGUGAAGGGCGGCUAUGGUCACAGUGCCGCCUACGACUUUCUCACCGAAAAGGUCUACGUUUAUGGCGGCAUUGUCUCCGAAAGCGAAUCCAGCCAGGUGCUGAGCUCCCGGCUGUAUGCCUAUGAGCCGGCUACUCGCAUUUGGAGUCUUCUUUCGGCGGCGCCAAGUGCUCGUCUCCUGCACACUGCAAACUUUGUGAACCAGGGACUGAUGAUGGUCUUUGGCGGCAACACCCACAACGACACCUCGCAGAGCUAUGGUGCCAAGUGCUACAGCCAGGAUCUCCUAGUCUACGACGUGUACUGCGACUCGUGGCACUAUCAUCCGAUGCCGGGCCACCUGCAGGCGGAUCUGGCCCGCUUCGGCCACAGUUCGGUGGUGUUUGAGGACUCCCUGUACAUCUACGGUGGUUUUAAUGGUCAGCUGCUGAGCGACAUGCUGCGCUAUCAGCCGGGAUACUGCAGCUACUACACCAAGCAGGAGAAGUGCACGGCAGCGCGGCCGGGUGUAAAGUGCAUCUGGGAUGUGCAGAAGAUGCGCUGCAUUGCCAUCACACAGGUCCAGCGAUCGGCAAUAUAUGGACGCGAGCAGUACGACUACGUGGCCUGUCCGUCGAAGAGUAGGCUCACGCUCACCUCGGAGCUGCUGCAGGAUGUCCACCGCUGCCAGGAGCUGGCCAGCUGUCAGUCCUGCGUUUCCACCGCUUUUGGUUGCACUUACUGCGGAAAUGGUGUGUGCAGCAAGGAGAGGUGCAGGGAAACCACCUCAAUGGCCUCGGUUUUCUUUGAGUCCUCCACGCAGCAGGCAGUUUCUACUGUGAGUCCCCCGCUGAAUGCCAAGCAUUUGGACUCGUGUCCCAUUGCCGAGGAGCAUCUGGUUAGCUCGGUGUGCGAGCAGCUGCACAAUUGUCGCGCCUGCUCGGCCAACCUGGCCUGUCGCUGGGACUCGGAGCAGAACCGCUGCCGCAGCUACACUUUGUCAGGCAUUGGAAUGUCCGCCAACCGGACCCAGGAUGAGGUGGCCUGCUCGCCGGCCUGCGCCACGCUGACCAACUGCCAGAACUGCACGGAGGACGAGUGCAUCUGGUGCCAGAACGAGCAGCGCUGCGUGGAUCGCAAUGCCUACACGGCCAGCUUUCCCUACGGGCAGUGUCGCGAGUGGACCACUUUCACGGCCAAAUGUAGAUCCACUCCCAUGCAAACGACGGCGCUGACUGUGGGCAGCACGACGGCGCUUUCGAGUGCCCAGUGCGGCUACUACAACAGCUGCCAGAUGUGCCUGGAUGAUCCUGCCUGCGGAUGGUGCGACAAUGGCUCCAAUACGGGAUUGGGAAGGUGCGUGGUUGGAGGAGCACUUUCACCCUACGACAAGGAGGAGUGUGCGCUGAAGCACUGGUUCUUCACCUCCUGCCCAAGGUGCAAUUGCAACGGGCAUUCGUACUGCAAUGACCAACAGCACUGCGAACAGCCUUGCAAUAAUCUAACGACAGGAGCGCAUUGCGAAAAGUGCCGCACGGGAUACUGGGGUAAUCCAAUAAACGGCGGGAAGUGCCAGCGAUGCGAUUGCAACGGGCAGGGCGUCUAUUGCCAUCCGGACACCGGGAAGUGCUUCUGCACCACGAAGGGCAUUGUGGGCGAUCACUGCGAGAAGUGCGACUCGCAGAAUCAUUACCACGGCGAUCCGCUGAAGGGCUCCUGCUACUACGAGCUGACCAUCGACUAUCAGUUCACGUUUAAUCUGUCGAAGAAAGAGGACCGCCACUUUACGCAGAUCAACUUUAGGAAUUCGCCGGGCAAGCCGGAGAUCGAUGCUGAUUUUACGAUCACCUGCAGCGUGCCGGCCAAAAUGGACAUCUCGGUGAAGAGGGCCGGCUCGCCGGACAUGCUCAUCCUGGUGGGCGUCAACUGCUCAACCUUCCGUCAUCGCUUCCCCAAGACGGACUACCAAUUUGGGCACUCGCCCGACGACAACAGCUCCCUGACCACCUUCUACGUCUUCGUGCACGACUUCCAGCCGCCUAUUUGGAUUCAAAUUGCCUUCUCACAGUAUCCCAAGCUCAAUCUGCAGCAGUUCUUCAUCACAUUCAGCUCAUGCUUCCUCCUGCUGCUGCUCAUGGCCGCCGUCCUGUGGAAGAUCAAGCAGAAGUACGACAUGUUCCGGCGACGCCAGCGAUUGUUCGUCGAAAUGGAGCAGAUGGCGAGUCGACCGUUCUCCCAGGUGCUGGUCGAUAUCGAAAACCGCGAAAGUAUUGAUCUGAGUCUGACGCUGGAGGGCAUUGGCCACCUGUCCAAAAAACGCAAAAAGGAAUGCCCCAGUCCCAUUGCUUUGGAGCCUUGCAGUGGCAACCGAGCCGCUGUGCUCUCGCUUCUAGUCCGGCUGCCCACGGGUGGCCUUUCGCAAGCGCCGUCGGGUCAGUCCGCUGGCCUGGCCGUGGCCAGCGCCUUAGUCACACUGGGCAAUCCGCGUCGUCCGUCAAUCGAUCAGCAUCCCAAGGAGCCAAAGUCGAAGCGCAAGCAGAGCCAGCACCCAGACAGUUGUACAUAAUAACCGUAACACUAUGCUUACCUACAUAAAGUAAUAAUGAUAACGAUAAUGAUAAUAAUUACGAUAAUAUGUAACUAGCGAAUAGGUACGAGUAUAUAGAAUAUUUGCCCCGACUUUCUUCUACUAACCACAAACAAACACACACACCACACAAAAGGCAAGCUUGCAAGUUGAUAAUCCGCAGUUAUUAUUACUUUAAUGCAUUAGACUAGUAACGAAACGAGAAAGCGAGAAGGAAAGAAACAAAUAAUAAUAAUUUUUAGCAAAAGGACAUAUUUAUAUACGGUUAUAUACAAUUUGAUAUAGUUGAUAGGUCGAGUAGCGUUGCAAUAGUUAUAAAUGUUUAAUUUAUUAUUUAUACCGCGUACGUGUGAGCUAAGUUCGAUGGCAACAGCAGCUGUAUUCAAAUUAUUAAUGUAUUUUUUUUACUUAACCACAUAGCCUAAGCGUGUUGUUAGAAUUUAUUUAUGCAAAUUUUGUGCGCUGCCUCGGCAGUAGCUGCACCAAAAAGCCGCGACAGUGUCAGAGUCAAAAAAGUAAAUAACAAAAAAGACAAAAAGUGAUGAACAAAGCCAGAUAAAAAGCGAUAGAUACAUGUACAAGGAGCUAGGUGACCGAGACAUGCAAAAUACUGUGUUCAAUAAUAGGAAUAUUUCUGUUUUUAAUAUCCGUGCAAAUAUUUACAACGCAAGACAAAGUGGAUCAAGACAUAGAGACCGAAUAAAUGCAAUUGUAAAUAAGAUACGUAAAUUAUGAACGCUAUAUAGUUAGUAGUUAUACAUAUACAAGUAGCUCUUGAUAUGAGGACGCGCCCAAAACAAAUCAAACGAUUAAAUUGUACAUGCAAUCUAGAUGAUGAGAUCCAACAUUUACCAAAAUUCCAAUUAAAUCACAAACUAAUCGUAAGGUUUCCUCUUGGCAGCAAAA